AUGGGAAAGGGUGUCUUUACAAACAAAACAAUUAAAGCAUCUGCCUUUGUUGUCGAGUAUCGUGGGAAGAUCUUUCUUCACAAAGACGGGAGGCCUAAGAAGAGAAGCGGUGAUACUUUGAAUGGUUUCUUAUAUGAGUUUACAUGGAAUGGAGAACAGUGGUGCGUUGAUGCUUCCAAAGAGGACAAGACCCUUGGAAGGCUUGUGAAUGAUGAUCACAUAAGUCCAAACUGUGAAAUGAAGAAGAUCGUUUAUGAGGGGAAGCCACACUUGUGCCUCUUUGCACUGGAAGAAAUACCUCAAGGCAAAGAGAUAACUUACAACUACGGCAGCUCCUAUUACUCGUGGCGUCCCAAGGAGUCAUGUGAUGGACCAAGUACUUCAGACAAAAAAAUGUAUCAAAUUUCAUCAACACCCAAGAAAAGAAGAUUUAAAGACUCGGAUGAUGACAGCGAACUACCAGGUCCAAGUCAUGACAGUGACCACUCUGCUGAUCUUGGAAGGUCAUCCAGGGACAGUUCGCCACAUUCUGAGUCAGAUUCUCAAGAAAUGACGAAAAACUUCAGGAGAGUGUCAUCAAUUCAAGAGGAUGACACUUCGAGUUCUGAUGAUCAUGACUCGGACAAAGACAAGACGUACAAAGAAGACAGAUACAAAGGAGACAGAUCCAGUAAGGCUGGACUAAAAGGCGGAGGAACAUCUUUCACAAAGAAAAAUUACUGUUAUGUUUGCGGGAAAGGUUAUCACAAAAUUGCUCGGCAUCUUUCAAGCCACAUUGAUGAAGACCCUGAAAUCGCUGAAAUCUUUGCCUUACCCAAAAACUCAGCAGACCGGAAAGGUCUGCUGGCCAAAUUACGAAAAAGAGGAAACUACAAACAUAAUCAAGAGGUUCUGAGGAGUAACACAGGACCGCUAAAAGUGGGAAGACGAUCAUCCCGCUAUGUAAUGACUGCUGAAAAUUUUGUGCACUGCAUUUAUUGUAAAGUAAUGCUUCAUAGCAAAGACCUAUAUAGGCAUGUAGCAAAGUGUGCUAAGCAAACAAUAAAUGCUGCAACACAUGGCGAGACGAGCAUCUUGGGGGACGUCACCGAGUCGGAGUUCUCUGAAAAGUUUCCGUCUGAAGUUUGGGAGAUACUUUCAGCGAUGAAACAAGAUGAAAUUGUAUUUUUAAUUCAACACGACUACCUUUUCAUGAAGAUGGCCCAGAGUCUUAUUGAGAACAGUGGAAAUGAUCCGACAAACCAAGAGCGCGUCAGACAGAAGCUGAGAAAAAUAGGAAGGCUCUUAAUAGAGCUCCAUGAUAAGGGAAUAGUGAGUUUUGAAGCAGCACUUAAACCCAGAAGCUUCUACAAAGUUGCUGCUGCUGUCAGAAACCUCUCUGGUUUUGAUGAAAAAAAGCAGAAGUACAGCAAACCGAGCCUUGCCCUGUUUUUUGUAAAGUCUCUGAAAAAACUGGGAGAAUUUGUUGUCGCACAGAGCGACAGCAGUAAGCGGGUCGUGAAAGAUGCUAACACAUUCAUGAUGCUGUGUGCGAAGGAGUGGAAGGAAACUGGCCCUCACAAAGAUGCACCUUCAUCAAGUGAACACAAAGUACACAGCCCCUCUACGAUACCGUUCACGCGUGACAUACAGGCGUUCUACACGCACCUGGAAAAGACUUCUGCUUCUGCCAUUGAGUGCAUGAAGAAGUAUGAAACCCCUCAGAUGUAUAAUGCACUUUGCAGAGUCAUACUUGCACAGGUGUCAGUCUUAAACAAAUGUGCACCUGAGGUUUCAAAAAUGACCCUUAAGUCAUUCCAGGAGCGGGACGAGACUACCCAGGUGUUGUCCAAGCACUUUAUCAGAAUUAAUAUUGCAGGAAAGACUGGGCAGAACGUUGCUGUUUUGUUGACGUCUCAGCUCGUCAGCGCAUUAACGCUACUUAUGAGCAAGAGACCAGCGUGCGGCAUACACGAAGACAAUCCUUUCUUGUUUGCAAAGCCAGACGGUUCAUCUACAAGCCUCUACCACGGAGGCCACUGCGUUCGGGUCUACACAAGAAUGUGCUCUGCAAAGAACCCAGAGCACCUCACGUCCGUGCAUUUUCACAAGCACAUUGCAAGAAUUUUUCAGAUUCUUAACUUGGAGAAUGACGAGCUACCUCACCUUGCUAAACUGCUGGGUCAUGACAUCCGGAUGGACAGGGAUUAUUAUCGGCUGCCCGAAGCGGCUGUUGAACUCGCAAAAAUUGCUAAACUGCUUCUGGCAAUGGAAAAAGGCUCUCUUGAAAGAUUCAAAGGAACCUCUCUGGAUGAGAUUGAGAUUGAAGAUGAAUUGGAGCCAGAUAUGGAGCAGGGCAGCUCUGUGGUGGACCGUGAAGAGUCUGAUUUUCUACCUCAGCAGAGCGGCGAGGAGAUAACUUACAACUAUGGGCAGUCCUCUUACGCUUGGCGAUCAGCAGAUCAAAACAAAGAACCACAAACCUCAGAAAUGGAGACUGCAGCGUCUUCGACAGUGGAUGAAAGAGUGGAAAACUCAGAUGAGGAAUUCAGUUCUGCAGAAUGCUUCUCUGAUGAAGAUUACGUCAUUGACAAUGAACCAAGCAAUGAUGACAGUUUUACCGAAAACGAUGACCAGGAUCAGGAAUUUGAAGAAAAUGCAGAUGACUCAAAGGCCGGUUCGUCCAAAGCGCCGAACGAUAUGUCGGACUCCGAUGAAAAGGAAGAACCUGAAAUUGCUGAAGUGUACGCAAUGCGCAGGAACAGCAAGGAACGCAAAAAGCGUCUGGAUAUGUUGCGAAACAAAGGAAACUUCAAACACAACCAAGGAGUCUUGAAGGCUCGCAGAGGAAAACUGAAAGUGGAAAGAAAAUCGGAGAUGUCCACACUUAAAACACUCGCCACUUGUGUAUAUUGUAAACGCAUGUAUCAUCGUAAAGUGGUGUGGCAUCAUAUGCAAAAGUGUCCCUCGAUGGCAUCCAAUAAACUUCCAGAAGGCGUUCAGAGUCAAAUCUUAACUUUGGUUGCCGCCACUGGACUAACGGACCCAGAACAGAUCUCAACAGGUGUGAAGAAGAUGUUGAAAAAAAUGAAGAAAGACGAUAUUUCCUCUGUAGUUUGCGAAGAUUCUUACAUAUUACAAUUGGCGCAAUGUUGCUACCACAUGAGAGAGAAGAAACAGAAUCAGGGAUACGUCACUCAGAAGCUGAGGCAAAUGGCACGGAUCCUGAUAACGUUAAGAAAGAAGUCGAUAAACAGCUUCGAAGACGCAGUCAAGCCCCAAAACUUCAACGCCGUUGUAGAAGCUGUUCAGGAGAUUGCGGGCAUCAAAGAGGGGUCGAAGUCGUUUGACAAACCAUCUCUCGUUUGGAAGCUUGGAAAUUCGCUGAAGAAGAUCGCUGACAUUAAAUACGCCAGGGCUUUGAAGGAUGGUGAUGAAGAGGUGUUAGAGGAAGCUGAGGCAUUUAUUAAGCUGUGUACGAAAGAAUGGCCCUCCCAUGCAAAAUCACAACCAAAAACACCCUGCCAGCCAACCUUACAGUUUACACAAGAUGUGAUGCUGCUCUACAAGUGCCUGAACAGGACAACAGCUUCUGCAGUCCAGAGCCUGAUGAUGUAUGCAGUAACACCGGUCUACAACGCGCUUCUCAAAGUGGUACUUGCAUUCGUGUCCUUCUUAAACAAAAAUAUUCAGGACGUUUCAAGGGUGACACUCAAGUCAUUCAAGGAAAGGGCUUCCACAGAGCUUCAGGAAGAUGCUGCUGGUUCACAGACCCAGUUGGAGCAAAUUCUGUCCAAGAACCAAGUAACGAUCGGUGUUAGUAACUCAAAUGGAAAAAUAUUUGCUCUUACUUUGACCCCUGAAGUGCUUUCUGCGCUAACGGUGCUUGUGGACAAGAGGGACACAUGUGGAGUAGGUAAGGACAAUCCCUUCUUAUUUGGGAAUCCUGGUGGCAAAGGGUCAGACUUUCACAAGGGACACGCGUGUAUCAGGAUGUUCGUUAAUCGCUGUGGUGCAAAGAACCAGGAAGCUCUCAGGUAA